AUUACAGAUAGAAAGGUAGAGUUCUUUUAAUAUCUAAUGUAUUCUCUGUCUCUCUCCUCUCUCUGUGUCUGUUGGCUUUGCGUUUGCAAGUAAGUUCAUGACUCACGUCGUCUCCCAGUUUGCCUCCAGUUAUGUUUUCUACUGGAAGGAUUAUUUUAAGGACCAGCCACUCCUGUAUCCACCAGGAUUUGAUGGACGAGUUGUCUUGUAUCCCAGUAACCAGAAUUUAAAGGACUAUCUCAGCUGGAGACAAGCAGAUUGCCACAUUAAUAACCUCUAUAAUACAGUGUUUUGGAUGCUUGUGCAGCGAAGUGGCUUGACACCAGUCCAAGCACAAGACAGAUUACAGGGAACUUUGGCUGGAGAAAAGAAUGAGAUUUUAUUUUCUGAAUUCAACAUUAACUACAACAAUGAGCCCUUGAUGUAUAGGAAAGGAACUGUACUAAUAUGGCAGAAGGUUAACGAAGUCACUACAAAAAGAAUAAAACUGCCAAAGGAAAGUGAAGAGAAGGAAGUUGAAGUGGCACGGACCAGGACUAAAGCUGUCCCACUGCACUGUGACAUCAUUGGGGACCAGUUCUGGGAGGAGUAUCCAGAAAUCCUAGCUGAUAGCUGACCUUCCCAGUUUGAGUUCUUGUGCAAAUAACAGGAAACAACUUAUCUGCAUGAGCUUCUGGGAAGUGAGGACUGUGGGGUGAGGCUCGGAUAAUUGAACUUUGUAAUUCAGCAUCCACCUUUGGAGCGAUAUUGUCUUAGAAACAGUGUCCUUGCCUGUCAUGCAGAUAUAUCUGCCUGCAGAAGCUAAAAUCAUGUUACUUUCAAAGGGCAAGAACUUUUAUAUAAAAUUACAAAAUUAACCCUUGUAAAUGCAUAUUUGCAUUGAUUUAUAACAUCAUCAUCAUGCAUUUAUGUAGUAUCUUUCACAUUAAAGUCACAGGGUGCUUUAGAGAGUUAUUCACCUAAAACGAUCCACUCUUUGGAACAGUUAAAAGCAGCAGAAAGAUUAUUUCUUUAGCUUUGUUUUAAACUCUGAAACAGACUAAAGACUUGGAAUAGUGCCUUGAAUCAAGUUCCAUAACCAGGGAGCUUAGUUACAAAAAUUUUCUAGCAGUCGACAUCUCAGGCCCAUAUCGAGGAUACACAAAGUAGCCCAGCAAUUUGCUGUAACUAAUUUUAAAGGGUUUUUCUCAUGUGUAAAUUACUUUUGUAUUUUUUUAAAGAUGCAGAAAUGUAAUUCUCCCCCUUCCACUCCCAUGUUUAUUCUUCAGACUUUAUCGUCACUGUAGCUUUGCUAGUUAUUAGUGAAGGUCUCAAAUGGCCAAAUGUUGUAAUAAAAUUCUCAUACAGACUUCUAUCACGGUAGGAGGUGUGUGUAGGUCAUGCUCUCAUUUUUCUGCUCACUGGGAAACUCUCUGGCUCCUGCUGGCUAGGACUAUGGAAACUAGCAGAGAGCGUGGGAGAGGGAGAGAAGAUCUUAUUGCUUAUAGUUGGGAAGGUCUUAUGUUACUCUUGUGUUUGAUCCAUGAAGUGGUAUUGAUGACAAUUCCUGCUACAAGAGGAGGCAGAGAUGAGUCAUGGGAUGGAUGGGGAGAAACUACCUUGUGGAGUGUGUACCUGAAGGAAUUUGGUGGCCUGGCUUACACACAGUUUUUGUGCUGAUUUAACUAUUUCGGUUAGAGGAAUACUUGUUACCAAAGUAGUUAAAUCAGUUCAGUCCUUAGUGUGGACACAGUUAUACCAGUAUAUUUAGGGGGAUAAGCUAUAAAAGUACUUAUACCUGUAUACUGAUAUACAAGCGUCCACACUAGGGAUGGUACCAUUUUAACUAUACUGGUUUCAAAAUGACUUACACCUCUACCCCGAUAUAACAUGAAUUCGGAUAUAACGUGAUAAA